AUGAAACACGUGGUUGCCAGCUUGUGCGAUGCGGAAGCCGUCCGGGAAGCCGUGAGGGGCGCCGACGCGGUGAUCCACUGCGCAUCAAUGCUUCCUGUGACGGUGGUAGAGGAUACAGAGGCCGUCGGUACACGGAAUGUGGUGGAUGCCUGUGUGGAAGAGAGCGUUCCGUACCUCGUCUACACAGGGAGUAUCUGCGUGAUUCAGGGGGGAGAGAAGCAAGCCUACGAUGGUCCGUACACUAGGACAAAAGCGCAAGCAGAACAGAUUGUUCUUCAGGCGAUCUACGCGGGCAACGCGGCGUCCGUUCACAUUCGCGCUCUGGAUGCCAUGAGCGAGGACCCCACGCUCUCCGGUUGCUGCAUCGUGGCCGCUGAUGACACGCCCACCGAUAGCGUCGCUUUUGUGGCGCCCUUGGUGGCAGGACACGGUAUUCUUCACGUCAAAAUAGCACUGCCCUACUCGUUGGCUUUAACAUUCGCUGUGUGCAUCUCAAGCGUUGCCAGGCUUCUCGCGCUGCUCUUCCCCAGCGUCGGCUUAGCCAGACUGCCGAGGCCUUCGGACGUACGUUACAUAUACAGAGGGCCCACGUUCGACAAAUGCGAAGCAGAAAAAGUGCUCGCAUGGAGGCCUAAGUACUCGCCACAGGAGGCGGUCAAAUUGUCGCGUUCAUUUUACGAUGCACUGUGACAGGCAGAUCACCUUUAGUAAAUUUUGUGCCGAGCAGGCUUGACGGUGCGUCGAAGUAGCGUGUAUUGACGGUUUCACUGUUCACAAACACAGACCCUGGACGGCUUCCGGUUUCGUGCACUGACGUAGCACUGACGGGGAACAAAA